AUGUCCAAGAUUUACGAGGAGGGUACACACUGGCCAUACACAAAGCUAGUUAAAGUUGGGUUGCUCGAGGGAGGAUGCUUCCCAGAAAUAUGGGUGUGGAGAGAGUACAUGUUGCAUGCUGAGGCAAUUGAUGACGAAUUACAUGAUCUCAAUACUUAUAUUGGCUCAAAAGAAGAUCGAUCACCACAAGUUUCUCCAAAAAUGAAAGGUCGUGGAAGAUACCUACGAACUUCGUAG